GGCCGCUACUACAGAUCUAAAGAAAAAUACAACGACAUUGAGGACCCAUUUUCUUUAAAAGUGAAACCGAUUUAUCGGUACAUAAAAUUGGGUUUUUUGGUAAUAUAUUGGUUAAUAUUUACUUUAUUAUUGAUGACUAAAAGCGAAAAACCAGGACUGAUGAAUCACUUAUCAAUACAAAGCGACGGAGUAACCAACAUUGAGAUAGCAGAUGAGCCAAUCAGCGACAAAGUUAAGUUGAAUCUCGAGGGGCCACUAGUCCCCGUAUUGCAGACGGAUGACGCUAAUCCUUCGUAUCAUCUUGUCGUCUGGCUGGAGUUAAUUACUGAUUAUAAUAACACCGAUAAUUAUUCCCAAGCACUGACUGAUAGGUGGGUGGUUCCAAUACUGCCUUUGAACUUGCUCCAAGUCUUCCCAAAACAAGAAACGCAAAAAACGCUAGACAUCUUGAAAUACGAUAGAAAAUUAGCAGGAAGAUUGAGAUUGAGUUUUGAAACAAACUCGCCGAAGAAAUUCAAAAUUUCGUAUGCUCUUGAUCUGUCACCGGCAACUGCUGAUGAAGGUUUGCUUUAUGGAACAAUUAUUUUGUUUGGACUUUAUUUUUUCAUCAUUUUUGAUUUCAUCAAUCGGGCUCUUGCUGCGAUGCUUGCUUCGACCAUGUCUUUGGCUGUUUUGGCGUUUUUGAAUCAGCGGCCAACAACAGCAGAAAUAAUUUCAUGGAUUGAUAUUGAUACGUUGUUGUUGCUUUUUUCAAUGAUGAUUCUUGUUGCGAUACUGGGAGACACUGGACUUUUUGAUUAUUUAGCUGUUUUUGCUUAUAAGAUAACAAAUGGUAAAGUUUGGCCAUUAAUUUAUACUCUCUGUAUCUUCACCGCAAUUUUAUCGUCUUUUCUUGACAAUACAACAAUGGUUUUACUAAUGACACCCGUCACAAUCCGACUUUGUGAAGUAAUGGAACUAAACCCCGUUCCAAUAUUGACAGCAAUGGUAAUUUACUCAAAUAUCGGCGGAACCCUGACACCGGUUGGUGAUCCACCGAAUGUUAUAAUCACCACCAACAAAAAAGUCAUCGCAGCGGGCGUCGAUUUCAGUAACUUCGUGUUACACAUGAGCAUCGGCGUCGUAUUGGCCGUAAUAGUCGCAAGUUUCCAGCUGAAACACAUUUUUCACGACACGAAGCUGCUAAAAUUCGGUGAGCCUCUUCAAAUCCAAGAAAUGCGGCAUGAAAUCGCGAUUUGGCAGCGCGCUGCAGCUAGCUUGUCGAGUUACAGUCGGGAAGAAAAGUUAGUACGCGAUAUUUUGCUGCAGAAAGUGCAGACACUUAGCGCUGCAUUAGACAGCAAAUUAACUACGGGAAGAAUAAGUUCGUUGAAGUACAGGUCAACGCUCGAGGAACUUCAAGACAAAUACCAAAUACGCGACAAAUGGAUGCUGCUAAAAACAAGUAUCACUUUAAUCUUCGUGAUAGUACUUUUUUUCCUGCAUAACCUGCCUAACGUUAAUUUAUCACUCGGGUGGACGACCUUGCUGGGAGUUUUCCUCAUCCUCAUCCUGGCGGACACUAAAGAUUUGGAUGGAAUUCUUGCCCGGGUCGAGUGGAGCACCUUGAUAUUUUUUGCGUCCUUGUUCAUCCUUAUGGAGGCACUUUCCUGCUUGGGCUUGAUCGCCUGGAUCGGCAAGCAAACCGAGAUGAUAAUCUUGUCAGUGAGCGAAGAGUUCAGAUUAGCCGUAGCCAUUAUUUUGAUUUUAUGGGUAUCAGGAAUCGCCAGCGCCUUUGUAGAUAACGUUCCUUUGACGACUAUGAUGAUCAGAAUCAUAACGAACUUAUCGCAGAAUAAUGAGCUCGGGCUGCCUCUCCAGCCGUUGGUUUGGGCCUUGGCCUACGGUGCCUGCAUGGGAGGUAAUGCGACUCUCAUUGGAGCUACGGCGAAUGUUGUCUGUGCUGGUGUCGCUGAACAACACGGAUAUCCGUUUACAUUCAUGCAAUUUUUUAAAGUGGGAUUUCCGAUAACGAUUGGUAGUCUUCUAACAGCAACUGUAUAUCUUCUCGUAGCUCACAUUCUUUUCCAAUGGCACUGAUUAAUUUUAUAUUUAUUUCAGUAAUUAUGUUUUUAUCUUUCAACCUUUAAAUACUCAAUUUAUAGAAUAUUAUAAUACAUUAAUAUGAUUAUUUUAAAUUAAACAAUCUUUAGAUCACUUGGAAUUAAUAAUUGUUAAAUUUCAAAGAUCAAUUAUUUUUCUUCU